GUCAGUGAUUUUUCUUUUCUUUUUAUUGUAAUAGGAGUACAAAAGUUUUUAGUUAAUUUACUACUUCAAGAAAAUAAAAAAAGGAAGAAGUUAAAGUAAACGUAGAGGAGGGAAGAAACUAGAAAGAGUCGUGAAUCGGAAAAAAUGGCGACGGCGACGUAUCCACCCCCGCCGCCGUUCUACAGGCUGUACAAGAAGUAUUCGGAGGAUUCAAAAUCUGCUCCGGAGCCUCCUCCCCCUAUUGAAGGCAAUUACCAACUGUUUGGAGCCACCUAUACUACUGAUGACGUGCUUCCUAGUCUGGAGGAACAAGGUGUUCGUCAAUUGUACCCAAAAGGGCCGAAUGUUGACUUCAAAAAGGAACUGAGGGCGCUUAACAGAGAACUCCAACUGCACAUAUUGGAGCUUGCUGAUAUUCUCAUAGAGCGGCCAUCACAAUAUGCUAGGAGAGUUGAAGAUAUCUCUCUCAUAUUCAAGAACCUGCAUCACCUUCUCAAUUCACUGCGACCCCAUCAGCUGGGUCCUUCCUGCUUCUCAGGCCAGAGCAACACUGAUCCAUAUUCUGGAACUUCAGAUACAGCGGCGUAAGCAAGCUGUUGAGGACAUCAAGAGGAGGAGGGAAGAAGCACAGAGACUUCUAAAGGAGGCUCUUGGCACCUUAGAUGGACAGUAAUAACCUUGGGUGGAAAUCUUCAUUAUAAAACUAGUGCUGCCAAGUUGUUCGUCAAGUCUUUGAGAAUCAGCAUAUGUCCAGUAGAGUUCGAAGUAUGUUGAUGUUUAAACAUGUAGUUAUUUGAGUAGGGAUGUAAUAUCUCAUCUGUUGGGAAUUUGGAGGAAGAAAAUUUCAAGGGCCACACUUGAAGGCUUGAGAUCACGGGAUUUUCACCCAGACAUACUUUUUAAUAGUUUCUAGUUACAUCCAAUGUGUGAGUUUUAGGAGAUUUAUUUAGCAAGAAGCAAUUGACACUCAAUUUGGAAACAGAUGUAUCUUUUCUGACCAUUGCUGAAUGAUAAGGAUAAUUUUCACGAAAUGUCAAUGAGGCUGUUUUACUCUUCGAUAAGGU